AGUUUGACUUGUUGGAGUGGUUGUAACGUGUUACAAACCCCUAUGGUACUUCCUACAUUGAUGUUAGACCUCAUUGUGAGCCGAAGACGAGCGGUUAGUGUUUAAAACCGUUGCGAAGGAAGUUGCAAGCUAGCCGAACCAGCUAGCCUGACAGGUUGUGAGCUAGCUAAGUGUGCGUAACAGGCUUGAUGGUACAUCAUCAGCCCCAGCACAGCACUGGAACUGGCGUGACUGCCGUCGCGUUGAUCCGUUGUCGGUUUCAACCUGUUGUCAUACCAGUCUGGUAGUAGAAGCGCGAUGGAGAGCCCAGGUGUGUGUGGGAUCGAGGUGGCCACCAGAGGCUUGGUAGGCGGUAGCGACACACCCUCUGAUCUAGACAGCCCCAGCCAGGAGGAUGUGGGUGUGUUUGGCCUGGUGGGGGUCACCUGCAGGCACAAGCUGAGAGGGAACACCCCUGGGAGGGAGGACGGCUUCUUGGACCCCAACAACCCCGAUCUGGACCCUGGAGGUGGCACCAAAUGCAAGAAGGAACCGAAGGGAUUAGGUAAAGAGGUUCUGCUGCUGAUGCAGGCCCUGAACACCCUUGCAUCUCCAGAGGAGAAGCUGGCUGCCUUGUGUAAAAAGUAUGCUGACCUGCUGGAGGAGAGCCGCAGCGUGCAGAAGCAGGUGAAGGUGCUCCAGAAGAAGCAGUCUCAGGUCGUCAAGGAGAAGGUCCACCUCCAGGGGGAGCACAGCAAGGCCAUCCUGGCCCGCAGCAAGCUGGAGGGUCUGUGUCGAGAGCUGCAGAGGCACAACAAAACCCUGAAGGAGGAGAACACCCAGCGCUCUCGCGAGUACGAGGAGAGGAGGAGGGAGGCCACGCUGCACUUCCAGAUGACGCUGAGCGAGAUCGAGGUCCAGAUGGAGCAGCACAACGCCCACAACACCAAGCUGCGCCAGGAGAACAUGGAGCUGGCGGAGAAGCUCAAGAAGCUCAUCGAGCAGUACGAACUCCGGGAGGAGCACAUUGACAAGGUGUUCAAGCACAAGGAGCUACAGCAGCAGCUGGUGGAUGCGAAGCUCCAGAGGACUGCAGACCUGAUGAGGGAGGUGGAGGAGAGGCAGCAGAGAGAGAGAGACUUUCUGCUGAAGGACGCAGCGGAGUCGAGACACAAGUGUGAGAUGAUGAAGGAGCAGGAGACCCAGCUCAAACAGCAGCUGUCUCUGUACAUGGACAAGUUCGAGGAGUUCCAGACCACGCUGGCGAAGAGCAAUGAGGUGUUCACGACCUUCAGACAGGAGAUGGAAAAGAUGACCAAGAAGAUCAAAAAGCUGGAGAAGGAGACAACACAGUGGAGGACCAAGUGGGAGACCAACAACCAGGCCUUGCUGCAGAUGGCUGAGGAGAAGACCCUGAAGGACACCCACUACAAGGCUCUGCAGGGGAAGCUGGAACGCCUGGAGAAGCUGUGCCGGGCCCUGCAGAAGGAGCGCAACGACCUCGACAACAAACUGGGCCCGCUCCAGGAACCCCCCUGCACGGCCCCGCCCGAGCCCAAGGACGGAGAGCCCUCUGCUGGGGAAGGAGGGGCGGAGGCCGGGUGUGAGAGAACGGAGGUCCAGGCUUCCUCCACAGCCGAGAGGGGUCCAGAUGAAGCCGCCCAGCCUGAGGACUGAACAGGGCUGGGCCUGCUCCCCCUGAUCCCUCCCUGGGACUAUCCGGGGGGACGGGACGGGGGGACCUCACCUCCUCCUCAACGGCCCCUUCAUGUGGAGAACAGCCUUCAUGGGGGAGACCAGUUUAGUCCAGGACUGGGCUAGGCUUCCCCCCCCAUCUGUCUGGGAAGCUGGGCCCUCCCACCUGAUCUUUAUUUUGUGUGUGAUAGUUCAGAUUAAAGAGAUGAUUGCAUUGAU